GUCGACACGGGAACGGUUGGUGGGGGACUGAGUCAGUGAAGAAAAGAAAUGGCGAUGCUCGGAGGGUUUAGUGCAGCCCAGCACAAGAAAAACGUCUCUGACGGGAGCAACGACGUGUCAGAAUUCGUCUGUCCAGUUUGCCUCGAAAUUUUCGACAGUCCCGUAACAACACAAUGCGGGCAUACGUUCUGCCAGAGUUGUUUGCAAGAGUGUUUGCGUCCACUGAAGCCAGUUUGUGCAGUAUGUCGGACCGGGCUUGGCCACUGGACUAAAGCUGAGGACCUGGAGGCCCUCAUCCAAUCAUCUGUGGCAGCUUGCAAGGGAUGUGGAGCUCAGGUUGGCCUUUCUCAAAUGAGAAGCCACACAGCUGCCUGUUCAAAAUACCAGGAGUACAUUGAGGAGGGAGUGAGGACCACUGCCCAGAGCCAGUCUGCCAUCAUCAGUCCAGUGCCAAAUCGCUUCACUUUCACCUGCCCAUACUGCAACUGCCAGAACCUCGAUCAGGACGGCCUGGUUGAACAUUGCACGUCCCAUCAUGCUCGAGACACACGCCAAGUGGUGUGCCCCAUCUGUGCCUCAAUGCCUUGGGGGGACCCUAACUACAGGAGUGCUGACUUUUUCCAGCACCUGAAGAUCAGACACACCUUCUCCUAUGACACCUUCGUUGACUAUUCCACAGAUGAGCACACAAUGAUCCAGGAGGCUCUACAGCGCUCCCUUUUGGACAACUGAAGUGAGAAGAACAAUCUAGCAUAGGAGGAAUCCAGGGAAAUGAAGGGGAGAUGGUGACGUGAAGUCUUGAGAAGACAGAACACCACACUGUAUCAUCAUUCAUCUAUCAUAAGGAUGGUGGUACUGUAUUACUAUGGGUAAUCAGUUUCACAGGGAAUUGGUCUUGUUAAUGAAUCUAUAGGUUUAUUAUUCAGAAAAUAAAUCAAGCAAUAUGGUUAAGAAAACAUAUUGUACUGUACUGAUUUAGGAGUGAUACUGUGUUUCUGGUGUGAUAAUAUCUUAUCCUCCAACUUCCCCCACAGCUGAAUCUGUAGGCUUGAUAGUUUGUUGAAUAUCUAUUAAACUAUGUUUGUUAAAGCUUGUUCAUUGAUGACAUGGUGUCAUAUACCCAAAAAGUUGUAAUUAAAUUUCCCUGUCGUCAAUACUUGAUGUUAUAAGAGGGUUCGACCACUAGGUGGCUAACUAUUGCCAGCAAAUGACAAACUUCACAAAGUUGUCAAGUAAUAUUAACAAUAAUAUAUAAUAAUCUACUCGAGUGACUCUGCAUGUUUACUCUCAGCAAUUGAGAGCAAGUUUUUCUUUUUGAGUUUUUUUUGUUUGUUUGUUUUUUUUUUUAUGCUGUUUCUGGGUGAAGUGUGUGUGUGUGUGUGUGUGUGUGUGUGUGUGUGUGUGUGUGUUGUUGUUUGAGAGACAGUGUGUGUUCAUUCUGUUUUCAGAGAUCUACUGGAAAGAAUAAAUAAUAUGAGGGUCAAACAAAGCCAGAGAUGGCCGUUUGCUUUAUUGUAAAGUUUCUCCCUUAUGUCUUUGUGCCUGCUGGUAGAUCUUGUUUCUAACUUCCAAAACUCAUAGGGCUAAUAGUUCAUCCAGUGAACCAAAAGAAGAAGUGGGAGACCAUCUGUGUGUCCUAAUCUGUCAAUUCUUGUGAUUUCAUUGGAGGAGAAUCGAUCUAAAUGGUUAUGGCCACAGGGAGGCAGUAGAGUUCCAUCGUUCUCUGGCUCAUCCAUGACCGGCAUGGGCCCUCACCAGCCUCCUGGCUCAGUUACAAGACAUAACUCAACACCGAUUUUGUUCUAUAAAUGUGCUUUACUCAAUGUGUGGUUCCCCUGCUUAGUUUUGUGAUCGGGAUUUGUUCAAAUGCAGCGUACAAAAACAUCACUGAUCUUUAGAAAUGGAGGUUUUAGUGGAGUUAUUUGUUAUAGUUUCAAAAGAACAACUGUAACUUCACUUUUAGACCAUCUACGUGACUUGGUUUAAGAUUUUAAAUGUAAGUUAAUGUAGUGUUUUGUUUUUGUUAUUUUUCAUACCCAGUGUCUUGGAUGCAUCAUCACAAAAAAAAACUUGCUGGUUUUUAUAUAUAUAUAUAUAUAUAUAACAAAUCUCACUGCCAACCGUUCUGAGGGGGGAAUAAAAUCAACAUUGUUAUUAUUUGUAUGCUUCCAAAACUGACAGCAUGUGGAGUAACAAGAAAAUGCAGUUUGGACUUUGCUUGACUUUUGUGUUGGAUAUUUUUUAUUUCAGUUCGUAACAUGUGAAUUGUCUCUAUCUAUUUUCACAUCUGUGUUGUUUUCCUAUGACUUGUAAUUGUCACAAAGCAACCAUGUACAAUAGUGCAAACCUUCACACACAGUUGCAUUGCAUUUGUCUUCUACCAACAGGUAAAUAAAAUGUAAUACACCCAGAUCAAGUAGCUCUAGAGCAGAACCUUAAUGCCUUUUCACGUAGUCUUUGGUGCCACUAAGCCCUAGAUGUUCGUUUUCCUCUCCAGUAAAAUGUGUAAUAAUUUUGUAUGUGUAUCAUGUAUAAUGACUUUUUUUUUUCUUUCUCAAUAUAUCUUUCAUUCUCUUUUGUCAGCCCUUCUGUUAGAGGGUGCUAAAUCCUGAUAAAUUAAAGCUCUUUAAUUAUUUAAA